AUGGCAGGGCCUUCGACGGUCAAUCUCUACCCACACCUCGUGAACAAUGGAGAGAGCCACAAACUCGCGGAAUCAGGACGAAGAUUAUCGGCGACGUUUUCGCCCAAGGAUAAUCAACUAGCAGCGUUCCUCAGUCCUGCGGUGGAUCCCGAGGCACUGAAAGGGAUGUCUGAUAAUGAGUUGAUGUCGACGGAGAAGGACGUUUAUAUGGCGGCGGGGAAUAAAAUUCCGGAUGCGGCUCGUCGAACGUUUCUCACAGAUGCAUCAGUUAUCUUCUCAUCACUGCAAUCGUACAUGGCGCAAUCCAAGGAGAAAAAACAGACCGUCCUUACAGACCUAGAGAACCAGGAAGUCAUCACUAAAUUGACAAUGGAUUACAUGUGUCACGCACGGGAUGCAUGGCUAUACUCCACACAUUUGGAAGCCAACGGUGUUAAACCCCAGUACGACGCCGAGCAUUACCGCGUGCUAUACACAACAAUAUCCCUGUUCAUCGUUCUGUACCUUCCAGGAGUUGGAGAAGAUCGCGCACCUGUGGGUGAUGAACUUAUGGAAUGGCUGAACAUGCAUUUCAUUGAACCCUCGAGCGAUGAGGGCGACGAACUGAGUUCUCAAGAGAAGCCCUGGGAGGACGAGAACUUCUGGUCCUACCUUACCAGAGCUGUAAUACGCGGCCUCGCCAAGUCAUCCGUCUUCUUCCUGGAUGUUCUCUCCAAGCGCCAUCCCUCCGAAGAUCUGCAAUCUCUAUCCGUACACCUCAGUGAAGUCCUCACUACACGACCAUCCCUACUUAUGUCCAAAAAUCAGCGCGAAUACGUGAUCGCGGCACGACGUUGGGGUGACAAUGUCAAAGCGCUGCGAUUCACACUCGAUCGCGUACCUGAGGAUGCUCGACACGACGGAUUCGAUAACUGGUGGGAACAGUUGAGCGACAUUGUUGGGCUGUUGGAGGGGAGAGAGGAUGUUCUGUCACGCGUUUGUACUGAAUUGGGAGCGGACUGGAAGGAGGUCUGUGUGGCGUGGGGGAUUUUCGUCAAUGCUAGCUUGCAACGCGUUGAUAUGGCAGACGUCGCGGAGAUGGUAAUGGGAAAAAUGCCUUUUGAUCCAACCGACCUCGAAGAUGCGAUGCACGCAGCCCUAUUCCGCGGAAAACCUAUCGAUUCAUUGCCUUUGGCUGCUCAACACGAUCCUUGGCUCGCUGCCCACCUAGCAGACGUCCUCGAAAAGCUAGGUCUCAUCGACGCCGACAUUGACGACGAAUCGGAGCUGACCCCUCGGCAACACUAUAUCCUUCAAUUCGCGGACUACCUUCACAGCGAUCCCUCGCUAUGGAGGAUUACGGUCGACUAUAUGUGUUCCUGUGGCGACAUCGGCAAAAAACGCGCAGAUCAGGUUCUAUUUCGGGUACCCAUCAGUCUUUCUGCUGCUCACGGUGGGGAAGUCUCGGCAAGGAUGGAGGGCGUACUCAAGGAGGUCAUCAAGGCUUGUUAUGAGUACGAGAGGGACGAGGCACGGAGGAUGGUUUGCUCCCUUGCAGCCAAGGUGUUCCUCAAAGAUAGAGAGUAUGGACUAGCGAUUGAAUACAUCGCCGCCGCAGAGGAUUGGGCGGGAUUAGGACACAUCGUCGACUCUGUUCUCGAAGAAUAUGUUCUUCACGGUCCAGAACACUUUGCGCGCUCAGUGGCAACAGUCGCACCCUCGCUUCAGGACCUUCGUAGCGCCUACCCAACGGUCAACGGCGUCUUCAUCCAUCGACUGACGUUCGCCGUCCGAUACGCCGAAUUCCAUCGACAGAGGCUGGGCGGGGAUCUGCAAGACGCCGCCCUCGACCUCGUGGCGUUGUUUCAAGAGGAGAUCGCACCGAGGGGCUGGUGGGGUGUUUUGUUGCUUGAUGCGACAGAGCUGUUGAAGGCAGAUGACUCGAUGCUCUUCUCAUCCUCCGGCGCUACCGAGCUGCUCAAACGUCUUGAAGAGCUCCACACCAGAGUAACGCAAGGAGGUGGCGAGGAUUACCUAUCAGCACUGCUGAAGACCAUGAAAGGCAACGGUGGAGAAAGGGAAGCUUUACAAAAGCUGAUGAGUACGAGGUUCGCGUUGGCUAAUUAUUAUGCGCGGUGUACGACGGUGGGUGUGGGUGUGGGGGGCGUUGGGGGCGGGAUACAGGUGGGUGAAGGUAGUGGUACAAGCUACGGUGCUGGAGCUGUCCAGGUAUUUUCUAUGUGA